AUGCCAGGAGAAUACAAUUCGAAUUAUUCCAGAAGACCUGGAAGCUCCUCUGGGCCGCCAGGGUCUUAUCGUGGAAGUAAUUCCGGCUCUUAUCGUUAUAACGGUCAUAGAGGGCGGAAUAGGUAUGGAGGAUAUAGACGUGGCUAUAGUUCUGAAGGUUAUGAUCGUUAUAGAGGUUCUUACUACAAGGAUAGGAGAGAAUACGGUGGAAAUAGAGAACGGACAAGAUAUUUGGGGUCACCCUCGAGUUCGAGUACUAGCGGCGAUUAUAACACUUUGAGACGUGGUCAAUCUUAUCAAAAUACGCCAAAUGACGAUUCAAAUGUACUGUCAAACAAUGGUAGGAAGUCUUCCGAGGCAAAUUCGAGUAAAAGUGAAGCAUAUGAUGUGCGCACAAGAUAUUCAAGAGGAUUUGCACCACAUUUUGGGCAUUCGCAGGAAGCUCAGGAUAGAACGAAGAACUUAGGAAAAGCAAUCCCUAGAGGACCAGCUCAAUUAAACCAAGAGGAAUCUCCACAGGGCAAUGUGCAGAAUGAGAAACACAAGUCUCCAAAGGAUAGAGAUAUGAAAGUAGAGGUGGCUAAAUCAGGGAAGGUGGAAGUUUCUAAGAAUGACCCAAAUGUGAGAUCAUCACAUCCAGAGAGUAGGAAGGAUGUAGACAAGGAACAGAAACCGCUUGUACGAAACUCGACCUUGAAUGUUGAAGGGGAAAAUACCUCAGAUAAUGCUAAAAUAAGCGGGACGUCCAACGUUAUACCCACUGAGAAAUCUAUAGAUGCUAUUAAGGAAGUGCAGGGAAAUAAUGCGAAUGAUAAGAUAUUCAAACCUGAAGAGCGCAACGAGAGCAAGUCGGAAAUCCAUCCGGAAACAAACAAGCUUGCUUCUAGUGAGGAUCUUGAAAAAGUUAUGAUUAAGAAAAUCACGAAGGGAUCCAUUCUGAAAAAAGAGGGUGCAGAAAAUACAGAUAAAGUUCGUAACACAAGGUGUGAUACCACUCAAGCAGAAGCACCUACAAAAGAAGAAAACUCAGAGAAGAAAACAGAGAAGUUUGCCAAAAGAAGUGUGGAUUUGGCGCACGAGGAGAAAAAUGAGAAGGAUGAAGGAAACGAAAAUCCAGGAGUGAAUGAGAAAGGAGAAAGUAACGUAAAAAUUUCAAUUCAAAAGAAUUCAGAAUUGGCUAGGGAUGAAGACCAACCAAUUUUAAACGGUCGCAAAAAGCAUAGUGUUAUAAUAUCAGAUGCUGACGAGUCGGAGGCAGAUACAGAAGUAGAAGAAAGUUUGCCAGUGCCUUCCAGACGAACCAGACGAAUUCACAGGCUCAUUAGUAGGAGAGACCAAGCUGAUGAUAGCAGUAGCUCGUCAGAGAGACCAGAAUUUCUUAGCAGUAAAAUGAAAAAAAACAAAUCUCAAGGAACAAGAAAAGUUUCGGGAAGGCAUGGAAGAGAUGCAUCAGGGAGAACGUUGCUCCAACGAAUAUGUGCACGUGGAAACUUUGAAGAUGCUAAAAAGCUUAUUAGCUCGGGUGCCGAUGUUAAUGCAGCCGAUUAUGCUGGAAACACACCUUUGCACGAGGCUGCUCUGGAAGGAUACCUUGAAAUUGCAACAUUGCUACUCGACAACAAUGCAGAUAUUGACAAACAGUCCGGACAGAUGGAUCGUGAUACACCGUUAAUUGAUGCAGCGUCAAACUUGCAUUAUGAUGUGGUAAAACUUUUCAUAGAUCGAGGUGCAGACCCAACAAUUGCAAAUGCACAGGGUGACACCGCUUUAGAUUCUCUGGAGGAUGAAGAUGAUGAACUCGAUGAGGAUGAAUUAAAAAUUAGCAAGAAGUUGAAGCGUUUGCUCAUUCAUUAUACAAAAGAUUGGAAAAAGAGUCAUCAGCAAGAACGAGUUCGCAGUGGAAGUGCUCCAGCAACAGAGCCAGAAGAUAGUAUUACACAAAGAAGAAAUAACAAUACAUUUUUUGACUUUUUCACCAGAGAGGGUCGGAGUGAAAUAUACACAAAGGUGUCAGAAAAUGAUGUGACGUAUGUUCUUAAUUAUUUAUCGAAUCUUGCAGGUAGCAGAGUUCCUCCAGAUUUGCUAACGCUGGCGGCUCGGCAUGGACAUACAGAUAUUGCCAGCUUGCUUCUGGCGUUUGGAGCAAAAGUGAACUACCAUGAUAGUAAUGGACGUACUCCUUUAAUGCAUGCAGUUGGAAAAGAUCAUAUGGAUAUGGUGAAACUUCUUCUUGAAAAUGGUGCAAAGAUAGCUUUGAAAGAUAAGGAAGGGAAGACCGCUCUUGAAUAUGCGAAGGAGAGCGACCUGUAUGACGAGGAUGAGAUUGCAUUGUUGAACGGUAAAAUUCCGGAGAGAAAUACAGAAGAGAAUGACAAUGACAAAAAAUACAGUAUUUCCCAUAAACAAAAUGGAGAGCAACAGAAACUACGGAAAACAAAGCCAUCAAAAAGUCGUUCUAAGAAACAGAGAAAGGUAGUCCCCAAAAAAGAACCCCAAAAUAGUUUGAAAAAGGAAGCCAACACUGAAAUUAAAAAAGAACCAAGGCACCCCAAGGAAGAAGCUAAAGUGCCGGAAGCUAAAAAAGCUCUAUCAUUUAAACACGAAAAAAGCAGUAGUCCUGCUGCGGAUAGAAACGAACCUAUUGCUGCUCCCAAGAUGGUGAAAAAAUCAAGCAAUAAAAUUGUAUCACUUUCAGCUCCUGUGGAUAUAACAGUUUCAGAACACAGAAGGAAAUCCAUUGUCGAAAAUUUAAGUGGAAAUGCUGUAUCUGAAGCAAGACAUAGAAGUGAAUCAAGAUCACGUUCUGGUACGCCGGUGGUAGAAUUAACCGAGAAAGAACUAAAUUUAAAGAAACAACGUGAGGAAGAAGCAAAAAUUGCAAGAGAGAAGCUUGAGAACGAAAGAUUGGAGCGUAAGCGCAUAAGGCAGCAGCAGAUUGCUAAGAACAUCGAGGAAAUGGAGAAGAAACGUGCUGAGGAGGCUAAAACGGAGCAACUGAGAAAGCGUAAGCUAGAAGAGAAGGAGCAGGAAGAAUCUGCAAGAAAAAGAAGAGAGUUGGAAAAGAUAGAACUUGCUGAAAAGAAAAAGUUGGAAAUAGAAAAGAAGAAGCUUAUUCGAAGCUACUAUCCUUACGGUGUGCGUAUAGCACAUUUUGGACGCGUACCAACUGCAGAAGAAGUCACAAGGUAUUUACCUUUGUACGUGUUUGAUAUUGAUGACAUUAAUUAUGUUGUCGAUGUUCAAGCAUGCCUUGUCCUUGGCGUGGAAAAUAUGUUUGCUGAUUAUCCGGAAUUAGACAAAAUUUCUGUUUCCCUAGAUCACAAGUCUCUGGUAUGGAAUUUCUUAUGGCCGAUGAUCGGAUCUUUUAUCAAGAGGUCUGGGGGUGAAUCGGACAACGUUCAAAAUUUGAUAACAAUGUAUGAGGCAGAAUACAACAAUUUCAAAAAAAUGAUGGUUCAUUGGAUCAGACUUGAUCAAUUUUAUAACCUUGUUGAAAGAACCCCAGCGUUAAAAGAGGUAAAAACUUUAAUUCAAAAGAUUGGCACCUGCAACAUGAAGAUUGCAUUGAAGGGUCCCCAACAGAAAACUUCUUCACUGCCUCCAUCAGCUUCUAGUGAGCAUAAUACCGUUGACAGCUUUGAUUCUUCAUUUAGUUCUUCAAAAAGUGGUCUUCCAGCCCCACUACAGUUUAAAGCUUGUAAGGUAUUUCAGAUGAUUCGAAAGAAUAUGUGGUGA